CUUUGAUUUGGUUUGUUUUGCUGAUAUAACUGAUAGGCGUGAUAGCCGGCUAUGGCUAAGCUUAUCUGCCUUCUUCUUCUAGCUCUCCUUGGGAUUUCAGUGGCAGCAGAAACCCAGUAUCACUUGGACAGUGCAAGGUAUGGACCUGGGAGUCUUCAGAGUUCACAAUGCCCAUCACAGUGCACAAGGAGAUGUAGCCAAACACAGUACCACAAGCCAUGCAUGUUCUUCUGCCAGAAAUGCUGUGCCAAGUGUCUGUGUGUUCCUCCAGGCUUCUAUGGCAACAAAGCUGUGUGCCCUUGCUACAACAACUGGAAGACCAAGGAAGGAGGACCCAAGUGCCCUUGAACCAAAGGGAUUUACUACUCUACCAAUUCAUAAUCCCAUCAUCAAUAUUAAUUUAAUCAAAGAAUCAUUCUGCAAGAUAGUAUUAUCUUUCAGCUCCUUCCAUUCUCCGCAGG